AUGGCACGAGAAAUAACACAGUUUCGGCUUCAUGUAGAUGUGUUUCCCGUCUUUCGGAUUACAAUUUCUCCUUAUGAUGCUGAGGAUAAUAAGGGCUUACUGAAGGCUGCAAUCAGAUCUGGAUAAGUCGUUGUCUUCCUAGAGAAUGAAAAUCUUUAUGGAGUCUUCGAGGUCAGUGAUUAAGUUCUCUCUCCAGAUUUCGUUGUUCCCAUCGGCAAGGCGAAGGUCAUGAGAGAGGGAAAGCACGUCACCAUUGUGGGAUAUUCCCGAAACGUCAAGUAUUCCCUAGCUGCGGAAGAACUGGCAAAGGAAGGGAUUUCUUGUGAGGUUAUCAACCUGAGGACCAUAAAGCCCUUGGACCGCGACACCAUCGUCAAGAGCGUCAUCAAGACCAGCAGGCUCGUGACUGUUGAGGACGGUUUCCCCCAAAGCGGAAUCGGAGCUUAAAUCGCUGCUGUCAUUCACGAAACUGAAGCCUUUAACUAUUUGGAUGCGCCUAUCGAAAGAGUCUCAGCCAUUGACAUCCCAAUGCCCUACGCUAAAAACUUGGAAGAAGCUGUCGUUCCAAAAGCAGCUACCAUCAUCAAGGCUGUAAGGAAGGCUCUGCAUGGAGUCAACUUUGAUCGCGUAUCUUCCAUUUUGGGAAAAACAGACAGAAAGAGUAUGUAUGUGCUGGCCGAAGUUCAGAAAGAGCUCGCUGAGUUGAUGAAGCUUUCAUGA